AUGGAAGACCAGAAGAAAGCAGACAUUGUGAAGAUGAGACCAGGGAGGAGUCCCAGCCCUCGCAAUGCUUGGGAUUGCACGCAAGAAGAUCACAACUACGCCCAACAUUUCCAGAACGGAAUCUUGGAAAAUAUUAAAAUUAAAGAAGAGGAGAAAGAGGAUGAUGAGAUGGUGAUCAUGGUUCGGGUGAAAGAAGAAGAAGUCCCUAUAGAGAUUGGUGCCGAUGGACGUGAAUUGAACAGAUCCUCGGAAGACUUGUCCCCACACACCAAUGCCGACAAUGUGAUGCCAGGUUCUCAUACAGGACUGUACAAUGCUCCUAGUUUUUCCGAUCCUUCUAAUUUUGAGGAAUCUUUUAGAGUCCAUGAUGUUCGCCGGGGAAUUUACAGCGAAGGUAGAAGAGCCAGUUCCUCUAAUCCUGAGGGAUCUUUUAAUGCUCAGUCGCAUAGCUUUCGUUCAGACAUCCGUUCAGGACCGUACGGUGCAGAGGGGUUGGUCAGUCCCUCUGGUUCUGAGCAAUAUCUCCCAGGUAGAUCACAUACCGUUGCUCCAGAUUUGCACCUAGGUGGAUCACCAGACCCUUCCAGUUCUGAGGGAAUUUCUCUCAAGUCUCGUGGUCCAAAAUUUCAGUGCCUAGAAUGUGGGAAAUGUUUAUCCCAAAAAUCUCAUCUCAUGGAACAUUUGAAAGCCCACAAGCGGGAGAAGCCAUAUUCCUGCUCUGCGUGCGGGAAAUGUUUCACGGGACAGGCCAACCUCAACCGCCACAAGAGUGUCCACAGCGGGGAGCACCCGUUCAUCUGCCCUGAGUGUGGCAAGAGCUACGGGACGGUGUCGUGUCUCAAUGAGCACCGUAAAACCCACAGUAACCACACGCCGUUUCCAUGCGCCGAGUGCGGGAAAUGUUUCCCCACAAACUCUGCCCUCCUCCAGCACCAAGACUCUCACACUAGCGAGGGGCCCUUUUCCUGUCCUGAGUGCGGGAAGAGUUACAAACGGAAGUGGGAGCUUCUUAAGCACCAGAAGGUUCACACGGGAGAGAAGCCCUUCUCCUGUACAGAGUGUGGGAAAAGUUUUGUCUGGAAGUUUGCGCUGAACACGCACCUGAGGCGGGUUCACUCUGCAGAGGGAACGUUCCUGUGCACCAUAUGUGGUAAGCUUUACCCAUGUCGGGCCCGGCUUGUAGAACACCAGAAGAUCCACUCGGGGGAGAAACCGUAUUCCUGCGCGGAGUGUGACAAGCCAUUCUCCUCCCGGUCAGAACUGGUGCACCACCAGAGGACCCACACUGGAGACAAGUCCUACCAGUGCUUGGAGUGUGGCAAGUCCUUCACGUGGACAUUCCAGCUCCGAACCCACCAGCGCAUUCAUACUGGGGAAAAAACCGUUCUCCUGCUCUGACUGCGGCAAGAGCUUCACGCUGAUGGCGCUGCUCCGGAGACACCAAAAACACCACACCGGCGACAAGCCCUACUCCUGCUCGGAGUGCGGCAAGCGGUUCAUCACCAGGGCCGAGCUCAUUGUUCACGAGAGGGUCCACCGGGGUGAGAAGCCCUUCCCGUGUCCGCAGUGUGGCAAGUGCUUCACCCAGCGCUCGCAGCUGCAGACGCACCAGCGCAUUCAUACGGAUGAAAAGCCGUAUGCCUGCACGGUGUGCGGGAGGUGUUUCGGACGGAAGUCCCAUCUGGAUAAACACCAGAGAACUCAUACUCGCUGA